AUGGGUUGGAGAUGUACAGUGUGUUUGGUAACAAAUGAUGAGGAUGCAGAAGUAUGUGUAUGUUGUGAGUAUGCCAGGGAAAAAGAUGAUAAAAAAGAGGGUCAAUCUUCUGGUCCAAUUUUUAACUCAAGCAUACUUUCAUCCUCAGCAAAUUCUUCUUGUCCAGUAUUUACAUUUGGAAAUCCAGUGAAUAUUUCAAAUACUGUAAAUGAUAAUCCUCCGUCUUUUGGAAAUGAGAAUAAUCUUAACAGUCAAAUUUCUGGAUUUGUCCCAAGUUUUGGUAAUGUUGAAAAGUCUCCAACAACUUCAAUAGAGACUCCAAUUAUCCAAAGUGUAGAUAUUCACCAAGAAAGAAACAAGGAACAAAAACAGUAUUUUGAUAAGUUUAAUUCUGAUUUUGUUGAUUAUAAAUCAUUUAUUAAAAAAGUACCAAAUAGUGAUAAUAAUAAGAUACCUAUAGGUACUGUUUGGGUAUGGGGUUCAGGAGAAUGUGAUCAAUUGGGAAUCAAAGAAUCUUUAUUGGACGAAGAUUUGUGUUUAAAAAAGCCAAAGAGGAUUGAAAGUAUUUCCAGGGAUCUUAAAAUUAUUGAUAUUACGUCUGGAGCUCUACACAAUCUUAUUUUAACAGAUCAAGGAGAAGUGCUUUCUUGGGGUUGUAAUGAUGAUGGAGCACUGGGACGUCUCUCAUCAAGGCUUAAAGCAAAGCUGGAGAAGCUUGAUAAGAAAGGAGGUAAUGAUAAGGAUGAAGAUGAGGAAGAUGAUGAUGAUGAUGAUGAUGAGGAAAAAGAUGAUGAUGAAGAGGAGCCAGAGGACAGCGAAAAAUAUCCAAAUAAAAUAGAAUUUCCAGAAGCUUCAGAAGACUGUCAAUUAAAAGUGAAAUCUAUUAUUAGUGGAGAUUGUUAUAGCUGUUGUUUGAUGGAGAAUGGAGAGGUAUAUUUGUGGGGAUCAUACAAAGAUAGUGGUGGGUAUAUAGGGUUCCCAAAUUUCCAAUUAAUGAGUGGGAGUUUGGUAGGGUAUAAGCAAUACAGUCCAGUAAGAAUUCCUAUUUUUGGUAGGAAAAAAGAAUCUUCUAAUUCUGAAAUUCGUGGAAGAAAGAAAAUUAAGUUGGAGAAAGAGACAAUGAAAGUUGUGGGUAAGGCUAAAAAGAUACUUGGAGGAGAGAAUCACACAAUUGUGAUAACUCAAGAUAUGAGAAUAUUUGCAUGGGGGAGUACUGAAUUUGGACAAUUUGGUAUAGAACCUGUUGAAGAUAAGAUGGAGAAGACAAAAUAUUUGUAUCCUGUAGAGAUAGAUAAUGAUACAUUAGGAUUACCAAGUAAUUUGGUGAUACAAGAUAUAUAUUGUGGGAGAGCUUCCACAUUUUUUGUGGUAAAGGAUGUUAAGAAGAAUAUUAUUCAGGUAUUUGCAUGUGGUAGAAAUGGAAGGAACGAAUUGGGAAUAUAUAAUAAAUUUUAUAAAGAUGUAGAGAAUAGAGAGGAUAAUGAAGAUCCUAUAGUUUUUAGGCCAAAGAAAGUGAAUAUUACUGAUUUUGAAACAGAAUGCAGUAAAUGUAAGAGUGACCAACCAAUCAAACAAAUAGGAGGAGGACAAUAUUACUCAGCUUUACUUACCUGUUGUGGGGAAGUAUUUAUAUGGGGAAUGAAGGAUUGCUGUGGUUUGGAGAAUCAACUAAUUAAAAAUGGGAAUGAAAGUAUUAUAAAAGAUAGGGAUAUUAAAAUACCUACCAAAAUUGAACAUCUAAAAAGCAUUACAAAAUUGGGAUUUGGAGCAGAUAGUUGUUUUGCUAUUGAUGUAAACGGAGUAUUAUUUGUCUGGGGUAUGAAUUUAACAGGUCAGAUUGGGAUUACAAAACUAAUAGAUUCUGAAGUUAUAUUAAAUCCUCAAAUUAUGAAUCCAAAGACUUUUCUAUCAGAAAAUGAUGGUUCUGAUUCCAACUUUGUUCUCAAGGUGGUUGGAGGAUCACAGCAUUCUAUGGGUUUGAUAUGGAAUGGGUCUUUUUCUGAUAGAUUUAUGCUUGAAGAGACAGAAGAGGAAGAACAGAAACAAGAACAAGAAUGGGAAAACGAGAGAGAGGAUGAAAGAGUCUUGAAAAGAAUGAAUGCAAAGAGGUUUGAUAGAGAAGAAGAACAGGAGGAAAACAACCAAAAGUUGUCCAAAGAAGGAAAAGCUUUUAAAAAGGAUAAUAAGACAGUAAUAAAGAAGAUUGUUAAGACUAAAGCUGAGGUUAAGGCCAAACCAAAAGCAACAUCUAAGAUCACUAAUAAAGCUAUCAUAUCCAAACCAACCUCCAGAGCCAAAUCCAAAAGUAACACCAAAUCUUUAUCCGAACCUACUUCUAAAGUCAAGCCAAAAACUACCACUCAAGCUACAAUAUCUAAAUCCAACUCCAAGACCAUUUCUAAACCCACCUCCAAGGCCACAUCUAAGACCACCUCUAAACCCACCUCCAAGACCUCAUCCAAGACCUCAUCCAAAAGCAGCACCAAAUCUGCAUCAGAAACCACUUCUAAACUCUCAUCAAAAGCUACUAGUAAAGAUAAAAUACCUAAAUCCACCUCCAAAGCCAAAUCUAAUCCUACCUCCAACUCCACAUCUAAAAGUACUACCAAGUCUCCAUCCAAAAGUACCACCAAGUCUCCAUCCAAAAGUACCGCCAAGUCCUCAUCCAAGACUAAGACUGAAGCCAAGGCAAUUUCCGUAGCUACUACCAAAAAAAUAAAUAAAGCCAAAUCCGAAAAUAUCACCAAGUCUAAAGACAAAAUUAUGAAAACUGAGCUCAAUACAGAAGAAAAAUCUAACAAGAGCAAAGCUUCUUCCAAAUGUAAAACUAAAGAGUCAAAUAAAAAAACAGAACCCAAUUCUAAAACAAAAACUAGGACUAGUUCAAAAUCAUCAUAA